AUGGCCACCGUUACCACCACCAACAACAACCCUGUCACCACCAACAUGGACAAGAAACCUGUCACCACCAACAUUGAGUGGCUCAACCGCGCUUACUCGGCCAAAGGUCUUACCGAUUUGCGCUCCCUUUACGAUGAAUGGGCUACUUCGUAUGACACAGACCUGGUACAACCCAACCAAGACUAUGUCGCCCCUACCCUCGCUGCCGCUACAUUAGCUAAGCAUCUCGGCCCUGAGCAACCACUGGACAAGAUGCAGAUCCUCGACGCUGGCUGUGGCACAGGCCUAGUUGGUGCUGCUCUCGCAAAGCUUGGUGCCAAGCAUAUCAGUGGCAUCGAUCUUUCCCCUGGUAUGUUGAAGGUCGCUGGUAACCUUCAUGUCUACACAAACCUUGACACCACCGACCUGUCCAAGCCACUCGAAGAGGGCACCGAUACUUUUGAUGCCGUGACAUGCGUCGGCACCCUUACACACGCCCAUGUGGGCCCAGAGGUAUUGUCGGAAUUCGUUCGCAUCGUUAAAAAAGGCGGUUGGAUCGUGGCUACCAUCCUGGAUGACAUCUGGGAGGAAGUUGGGUACCGUGCUGAGAUCGACAAGUUGCUUGCGAACGGCAAGGUAAAGCUCGUCAGCGCUGACUCGGGUGACUAUCGUCGUGGAGCCGGUGUUAGCGCGCGCAUGGUGGUUCUCGAGGUCAUCGGUUGA